UCUGAUUUGCGUGUGUUUUAAAUCAGUGUGCCGAACUCCUCUCCUAUGAUGGCGGAGAAGUCACAUGGAUCUGACAGCCCUCAAGGAAGCCAAGAAAAGAGCAGGAGAGACAUCCUGAGGUCCACCAAGAGCGUGUGGGCCCCCCUGGACGAGCGGCUGCCUCCAGGCUCUGAGGAGGAAAGCCUGUGUCUCCCCAUCCCCAUGCUGGAAGAUGCCAAACAGGAAAGUAUUCAGCAGUGGCUGGACUCUGGAUUCUUUGUAAAUGAAAACUUUCAGCAAGUCAGUGACCAAGCUGCCUUUUUGCAUGAGCGAGGAAUGGUUCAAAUGACCGUGAAAGACUACAUGAGAUCCCUGCACCAGUGUUCAGAAACUCCUACCCUAUCCAGAGGGACCAGUUUCAACUCCUGCCACUCUGCCACAGGCAGACCACAGAGUAUUCCUGAGUGGCUGGAAUUUUGGGAAAAUGAUCCAGUGGAGUUUCUCUUGGAUCUGGGGUUUGGAGCUGACGGGCCAGACAUCUGCACACAGAUCCCAGCCAGAUUCCUGGGCUGUGGCUCCGCAGCCAGAGGAAUCGAUAUCCGUGUAUUUCUUGAAGCUCAAAAGCAGCGCAUGGACAUUGAGAACCCUGACUUGUACGGCCGUUUCCGACAGCUGGAAAUCCUGGACCAUGUGGCCACUGCCUUCUCAUCUUUACUGAAUGAUGUUAGCAUCCUGCAGAACAAAGCCGUAGAGAAAGAUGGAGGGGAAAGUGUGCAAAGAACCUCAGUGAGUGGAGCCAAAGAGAAUCAGAGGAGAGUGGGUGAACUUUUCAGGAGCACUUCAAAGCAGAACAUCAGAAGGGACGGUGUUUCGGAAGCAGCAGAGUCGUUGAAGACGAGGGAAGAAUUUUCCAUCACCUCUGCAAAACCAGGGGGGUGUGGAGAAGAGUUCCCAGCUAGGACAGACAACCAUGACCAAAGUCAUUUGUAUUCUUCAGCAGAGCAUUCAUCUCUCCAAGCCUGUGAUGACUUGAUACCUUGUCAUCUUCCCCAAGUUCCCCUGAAAAAGCAGUGGCCUUACUCAGCCGUGCUAGCCAAGCAGGCUCCACCUUCCUGUGUGUCUGAGGGGUCAGUCAAGGACAGAGCUCAAAAAGAAAACUCGAUUCAGACUAACAAGCUCAAGAGCUUGCCUCAUCUUGUGAGCAAAGCACCAGACUCCUUUGAAAUGGAAGAGGUCCAGAGCUUUGAAGAAGAGAUUGGUAAUCCUCUUGACCUGAGUUCAGGAACUGUAGGUGCCACGGUGAACAGAGCCAACAGCUGCCAGUCCGACAGCAGUGGAUUUCUGGAGGAGCCACCAGAACCUCCGCCCCCGCAGCCACCUUCCUGGCCAGGCAGCCAGGGUCCCGCUGAGAAUGGAUGUCCAAAGCCAAGGGGUCACAGCCAGCACUUAGUGUCAUCCCAGGACCGCCAGCAAGAGUCGGACAAGCUUAAUUCCAAGAUUGUUGUGAGCACAGCUUUUUCAAGUCAAGACUGGAGUGUCUUGGAAGAAAAGGCUUCAACAUCUGUGGUGGAGAAAGAGUCUCAGUUUGAGGCCAUGGAGGGACCACCAGAACUGUUGACCCCAGACACAGCCACCAUUGGGGGAGAACAGCCAAGGAGAGAUGGCCGUCCGAGGCCGCAGCUGCCUGGGCCCCAAACGGAACAUGAGGCCAGUGUAGGCAUGGUUACCUCCAAAGAGGAUCGUCUAUUCAGGUUUAUAAUGACUUGUAGCACAGAAGUGAAAGAUGGGUUUGUGAGGCCUGAGGGAGUUGGCGAAAGGUAUGUGCAAAGCCACCACUGUGAGUCUCUAAGAUCACCUGGAACUGAUCAUGUUCAAGGCCAGCUCCUUCCUGUUGACCCUGAGGCCCCAGGAGAAGCUGAACACAAUAAACUCUGUCCUGACAUCAACGACACCUUACCAACGUGGGAAGGUUUACCAUGGCGUGUCCCCGAGCCCGGUAAAAUCACACCCCAUACAGUUGACCUUAUUCAAGCAUCCGACAAGUCCAUCCCCCACCUAGAUGAGCCGUCCGGAGUUACUACUCCCCAAGAGAAGCCGAGGUGCAGUGUUCUUAGUCAAACACCACCCGGGGCAGAAUCUGAAAUGGGAGACCUUCCUCCAAAUGCUGACGUGAACACUGUCAGCUCCAAGUCAGUGACAGUCCAGAUGUCCCCCAAUCUGGCAUUGGCUGCUCAGAAUGCUGUGACUUUGGGGGCUGAUUCUAGAAGAACAACUUUCAAAUGCACUGUGUAUGACCCUGUCACCACAACAGAACCAGGACUGUUGCAAGAAGCAAGACAGCUCACCGAUGUUUCUGCUCAGAUUUAUAAAUAUGAGCCCAGGUCCUGGCAUCACCAUUCAGCUCCAAGUAACAGGGAGCAGCCCCUCACCAAAUCUGUCUCUCUGGACACAGGCUUCCCUAGAAUCUACCCCGUGGACAGCUGCCACGCCGUACCCACCCACUGCUGCCACUGUUAUCAUGACCACCCCCACUGCCACUCAGAGAGACAGAGCCCCAGCCCUGUGCCUUCAGCCCAUAGGCAUUGCCUAUGCUCACACAGUCAUCUGGAAGCCCAGUUCAUGAAGGCUUUGAAAGUCCUUCAGGACACUACAUUGAGGGAGCUGUGCUCUUGCUCAGUCCACGAGAUGGAGGCAAUGAAGACGCUAUGCCAGAGUUUCCGGGAGCAUUUAGAGGAAAUUGAGCCACCUCUUAUAGGACAGCAGGCACUCUUUUCCAGGGACGUGUCAGAAGAGGAAAGGAAGGAGGCCGAGCAACUGCAAAGUUUACGCGAGGCCCUGCGGCAGCAGGUGGAGGAGCUAGAGUUUCAGCUGGGAGACCGGGCUCACCAAAUCCGAGAAGGGGCGCGAUUGCAGCUUGAGCUUCUCACAGGAGAACUAUCUGAACACUGUACGAAUCUGCGUCAAUAUGACUGGUCAGAAGAAAAGAGUGGCCAGACUUCCUGCGCUAACAUCCGCCCAGUCAUGGUGCCUGGGGCUGCCUUUCCUCCCGAUGAUGGCCAGCAGGCGCCUUGCUCAGGUACAACCCAUCUGGCUGCCUUUACUCCGCCCGUCUUGGAGAGCAGCACCAGGAUGUCUCCUCCAGCUCAGGGAGAGUUAGGUCCUGCUCCUUUGACAAAUUGUCUUAUUGGAGAGAAGCAUACAAAUGUCUUCCACUAG